UGUCAGCACUGUUUGUUCUUCGCGAAAUGCACGCAUCGAGACGCUCGGAUUUAGAAUGUUCCUUGAAAAUCGACGUUAAAAUUUAUGAAACUUCACAAGUGCGUGAUAAGUUUAGUUACGUGUCUACUAGAGAGUUUUAUUUAGAUUCUAACUCAGUGUGUAUUAGUGAUUGUAGUGGGUGACGAACAUAGAAAAGUUAAGUGCGUCGAAAGUUGAAACAUGGUGCCGCUAGGACCCGGGCCAGGCCAUCCUACCGCACAUCAAACUCACGGCGGGCCUUCAACUAACUUGUCUGGUCCGAAUUCAUUAUCACAGAGUACCUCACAGUCAAACAAGUCAUCAGUAGCGAAGCCGAAUUACACACUCAAAUUUACACUUGCCGGUCACACAAAGGCGGUGUCAUCCGUUAAAUUUAGUCCAAAUGGAGAAUGGCUCGCUAGCUCCUCUGCUGAUAAACUUAUUAAAGUGUGGGGUGCCUAUGAUGGCAAAUUCGAGAAGACUAUAUCUGGACACAAAAUGGGCAUCAGUGAUGUGGCAUGGUCAUCAGAUAGCAGGCUGAUUGUCAGUGCUAGUGAUGAUAAAACUUUAAAGGUCUGGGAAUUAAGUUCUGGCAAAUGUUUAAAAACGCUAAAAGGACACAGUAAUUAUGUAUUCUGUUGCAAUUUCAAUCCACAAAGUAAUCUUAUUGUUUCUGGUAGUUUUGAUGAGAGCGUCAGAAUAUGGGAUGUCAGAACAGGUAAAUGUUUAAAAACGCUACCGGCACAUUCAGAUCCGGUGUCUGCGGUGCAUUUCAAUAGAGACGGAAGCCUUAUUGUAUCCUCCAGUUAUGACGGUUUAUGUCGAAUCUGGGAUACAGCCUCUGGUCAGUGCCUUAAAACUCUUAUAGAUGACGAUAACCCGCCAGUUUCGUUCGUUAAGUUUUCUCCUAACGGGAAAUAUAUCCUCGCGGCGACUCUCGAUAAUACUCUAAAGUUAUGGGACUAUAGUAGAGGGAAGUGUUUGAAGACUUAUACCGGACACAAAAAUGAGAAAUAUUGUAUUUUCGCUAACUUCAGUGUUACUGGAGGAAAGUGGAUAGUAUCGGGCUCAGAAGACAACCUGGUGUAUAUAUGGAACCUGCAAUCGAAGGAGAUAGUGCAGCGGCUCUCUGGACACACGGACACGGUGCUGUGCACUGCGUGCCACCCCACAGAGAACAUCAUAGCGUCCGCUGCGCUCGAGAACGAUAAGACUAUCAAGCUUUGGAAGAGCGAUACUUAGUGCAUACAGUGGAUACAGUGAUCUGUAUAUUGCGGCUUCAUAUUGAGAGCCAGCCUUUGGCUUGUGAAUAGGUUUAUUGAAUAAGUUCAAAUAGUUUACGAAACUACGGACAAUCGGAAGAGCGUUUCAUUUACACUAAGUCAAUCACGAUGAGUGUGCAUUUUCAUUUGUUAUUUUACAUAUUUUUCUAUGACGUACAAGUGAAAGAGAUGAAAUAUUUUAGCUAUUAUGUAUUAGUUAGGUAUUGAGAUGUUAAGGAUCCGCUUAAGAUUUAACUUGUUGGAUGCAAUUAAAAAUAUAGUAGUUA